AUGUACUAUCUCCCCACUUCUUGUCUUAUCUCUUUCUUCCUCUUCUCCUUCUUUCACCACCUUUCUUGUGCUUCAACUAAAAACGAACUUGGGUGGUGUGGUGGUCUGUACGAGUGUGGAAACAUCACCGCUGGUUUCCCCUUCUCCGGUGGGAGUCGUACCCAGUUUUGUGGUCAUCCAUCGCUGGAGCUUCAGUGCUAUGAAAACAAGACAUCUAUUAUAAUCUCUAAUCAUCUGUACGAUGUUCUGCACAUAGAUCAACCAUCUAAGACUCUUAGACUUGUUAGAGCAGAGCUUGGAGGUAAUUUUUGCACCGCUACAUUCACAGCCACAACCUUGCCUCCCGAAAUCUAUGAGCUAUCACCAACCUCUCAGAGCCUCACUGUUUUCUACCUCUGUGACCGUAACUUUCGUUACAACUCGAGUUAUACAUGUCCUGAUAGAGGUCCUAUCUCAGUGUCUAAAAACCUUGAUUACCACAAAUCCUGCCAAGACAGUUUCAAUAUUAACGUUCCCAAGGGCUAUGUUCCUGAAGAGAAAGAGUUGAAUCUGAAACAUUUAGAAAAUGCUUUGAGUGAAGGGUUUGAUGUGAAAGUGAAGAUUGAUGAACAAACAUGUGAAGAAUGUUUAUCUUCUCAUGGAAUCUGCGGCUUCCAAAAUACAACACAGAUCUGUUGUAAGAAUGAUUCAACAUCAAGAUGCAAUACACUCCGUCUACAUAAUAGUCAUAUUGAUGAACUUAACCAACACUGCAGUGGCUCCUUUAGCUGCGGCAAUCAGAAUGAACUCUUUUACCCUUUCUGGAUACCUGGCAGAGAAAACUGCGGCCACCCCGACUUCAAACUCAACUGUAGUGGAGGAUUCGCAGAGUUGAACAUGUCCUCUGUGAAGUACAGAAUCUUAAAUAUGAGCUAUGAAUCUCCUAUCAUAAAAAUUGCCAGAUCCGAUUAUAUCGACAAUCUUUGUCCCCCAAAUCCUCGAGACGCCCCAUUCAACCAAAGUGUUCUAAAACUUGCUCCCCAGACCGGUCAACUAACAAUAUAUUACGACUGCGACAAUCUUUCGCCACCUGCUAUUAGAAGCAAUUUCUUUGGAGAGCUUGGUUGUGGGGAUGAUACAGAUGAUGGACGUUAUUACGUGAUGAGCAACCUCUCUUCUCCUGUACCCAGUGAGAUUGAUAGCGUAUUAAACAACUUCAGGUCUAUAUGCAAAAGAAGCGUCAGUAUUCCCACGGCUAGACCAUCUCUGGAUUCACUACUAAACACUCCGAGUCAUGAUAAUCUACAGAAGGCUCUUAAAGCUGGUUUCGACCUUGAAGUUAACCAAGAAUGCUCGCUAUGUAGAUCCUCUCAGGGUUCUUGUGGAUAUGAUAAGAGCUCAGGUAGAUUCGCCUGCUACUGUAUAGAUGAACGCCAUAAUAGUAUAUGCAGUUCAAGAAAGAAAGGCCUCUCUACUGCCGCAAAAGCAGGAACCGGAUCUGCUUGCGGGUUGGGUGGGGUCAUUCUUAUAGCCGUAGUUUUGUUCUGUCUCUUCAGAGGGAGAAGGAAAAAAUCAGAUGUUCCUAGACAACUUAAUAUAAAGGCCCUUAUUCCACUAGAACACUACAGCUACGCGCAAGUAAAGAGAAUAACAAAGUCUUUUGCAGAAGUGGUCGGGAAAGGAGGAUUCGGAACUGUCUAUAGAGGAACCCUUUGUGAUGGCCGCAAGGUUGCUGUGAAGCUCUUGAAUGAUACAACGGGUAACGGUGAAGACUUCGUCAAUGAAGUUGCAAGCAUGAGCAAAACAUCUCAUGUCAACAUUGUUACUCUACUAGGAUUCUGUGCUGAAGGUACUAAGAGAGCAAUUCUUUAUGAAUUCUUGGAAAACGGAUCUCUUGAUAAGUACAUCUCAAGCAUGAGAUCAUCAGAUAUGGAUUGGAUGGAACUAUAUGGAAUCGCGUUAGGCGUCGCUCGUGGUCUAGAGUACUUGCACCAUGGAUGCAGAACAAGGAUUGUACAUUUCGACAUAAAACCGCAGAAUGUCUUGUUAGAUGGCAAUCUUUGCCCCAAGGUUUCAGACUUUGGUCUUGCUAAGCUCUGCGAAAGGAAAGAAAGCAUAUUGUCACUACUAGACACAAGAGGAACGAUAGGGUACAUUGCACCCGAAGUGUUUUCAAGAAUGUACGGUAGAGUCUCACACAAGUCAGAUGUGUAUAGCUAUGGAAUGUUGGUUCUUGAGAUGAUAGGAGCAAGGAACAAAACAUCAAGUGAAGACACUGCGUCUAGUGAAAGCUCAGUGUACUUUCCUGAAUGGAUCUAUAAGGAUCUUGAGAAGGGAGACAUUGGAAGGCCGCCUAACGGGAUUGUAAUCAGCAAUGAAGAAGAGGACAUAGCAAAGAAGAUGACAUUGGUGGGUCUGUGGUGUAUUCAACCUUCCCCUUCAGAUCGCCCGUCGAUGAACAGAGUGGUAGAGAUGAUGGAAGGAAGUCUAGAUGGUCUUGAAGUCCCUCCUAGGCCUGUUUUACAAAAUCUCACAGCACCUCUUCAAGAAUCUUCUACGGUUUCAGAGGACAUUUCUGUUUACACAGAAGUAUGUUCAAUGAAUAUUGCAUAA